AUGGAGUACAACAGAAGUGGUUCGUCUUCUUCUUCUACUACAGAGGAAAGCGUUACCAACUAUAAGGAGAAGAAGCCUUGUCAAAUAUGUGGAAAUAAUGCAAAUGACGAUUUUAUUAUGACUUGCUUCAAAUGCAGAGUCACACGAGAACAUAUUUAUUGCGCAAAGGUGCUUUUUAAAGCUGUACCUGACGUGUGGCUAUGUGAAGAGUGCCGCGCCUCACGUGGCGUAAUCUUCAUUAACCAUGACGAAGCCUCAGCGAGUAAUCAACAAUCUGAUUCGGAAUCUGCAAAGUAGCUGAGCUGAGUGGUUGUCAGAGACAAUUGGAUUUAGGGGUCUCUUUUUUUGUAAGUUUGUUUAUUGGUUCGCAAGUGGUCUUACUUGAUAAGUGAGAUUAGUUGUCUAUCUGAGCUUAGCAGGUUGUGAGAGAGGUCUUGAUUUAGUGUUUCUUUUUGUUUUUAAAUAUGCUUGUUGUUUGGGUCGCAAGUGAUCUUACUAGAGAAGUGUGAGAUUAAACUUCUUUGAUGGUCAUUUGCUUCGGUACUCUUAUACAUUCUCCUUUGCUUGCUACUUUGUUACCCAAAAAAACGGUACAUGAUUUCAAGACAGUUUAGAGAUACAAUUUCAAGAUUUAAUGACUAUUGACAAUAUAUCUCCCAGACGAUUAAUACUGAUUCUGAAAAUAUGAAAUUUUCGUGUUAGUGUUUAAAGGGGAAUCGACUCCAGUUCGAAGAGAUAUAAAGGGAAAUCAAAGCGAAGAAUAACAAAAGAAACAUAGUUUGGAGAAUAAAAGAGGUUGGAACAUAUUAGGCUGUCAAACUCGAAUUGAAACUAACUUGAAUUAGGGCUCAACAAAUUUGAGAGGUUUUGGCUGUGGGUGAGUGUGCUUUUCACAAUUUAAUGACAUGUUUAAUUAAAACUAACGUCAUUUUCUGUUAAACAUAGUCGACACCAUCUAAAUCGAUGUGUAAAAAAUACAAAUUUCAAAGGUUUGUAUAUUUAAUGGAAAAUAAAAAUUAGUUUGUGUAUUAAACGAAGAUCCAAAAUUGUUCGUGUAUUUUAUUAGCAAAUAAUAAUUAGUUCAUAUUUUAAAGGAAUUUUCUUUUUAUAAUUUAAACACGUGUUUAAUUAAACACUAGCUAACGUCGUCAAUACUUUCGUUAAAUAUAGUUAGCCGUCUAAAACGAUGUGUAAAAUCUGCGAAUUUCAAAAGUUUGUGUAUUUAAUAGGCAAUGAAAAUUAGUUCGUGUAUUAAACGGGGAUCCAAAAUAGUUCGUAUAUUUUAUCAGCAAAUGAAAAUUAGUCUGUGUAUUUUUAAGGAAUUUUCCCUAAUUUAUAUUAACUAAUGGAUAACUCUGAAAAAAGUUAGAUAAAUUUAUAACUAAAUAACACUAAAAUACACAAUUCCGCCUUGUCAAUUGUUUCCAAAAUUAAUCUUUCAAGAACUAACUGAUAUGGUCUUGUUAAAUCUUCAAAAUUUGAUUUUUAAAGAAAUACAGAAGAAACGACUAGAACAAAGGUGUCGUGUAUAUACCAUUUGAUUGUAGGGUUAAUACAAAUUUUUCUUUUCCGUGGAUCAAAAGUUAUUCUCAAAAAGUGAGAUUUAACUUUUUUGAUCAUCUUUUUGAGCCACACUCAAUGUAUAUCUCGUCUUCUUUAAUUGCCUAUGUCUCCUUGCUACUACACUCUGUGAAGCAAUGAUUCUGAUGAGAAAGACUACUAAUCUAAACUUGUGGUGACUUGAAAAAUUAAAUCGAAAUAGAACAACUAAUACCAAAUAUAGUAACAUAUAUAUUGGUACACUCAAUAUUAAAAGAACUUCAUUUUAGAUUUUACAUAUUUUUAACAUUUUAUUUUAUUGAUAGUGAUUUGCAACAUAUUACAUCAUAAAAGAGAUAUGACAUAUGAAAUAUAAUUGAGAAACUAUUCAUCAUUUAUACUGAAAUUCUUACAUAUUUAUGUAACCAAAAUUUUAUAUACAAAUUACAUGAUGUAAAUUAUUAUAUUACUAGAUUUGAAAAUUUUCACCUUAUUCAGGAUUAGAAGUUAAUUGCCAAAAAAAAACAAAUAAAUACAAGAUGAGAUACUAUGUGAAUUAAGUAUAAGCCAUAAAAUAUGUUGAACUAAGAGAAUAGUAUCAUAUUUAAUACAUUUCUCUUAUACAGCUUUUUUAUAAAAAGAAAGUUUAAUCAAUGCGAUUAAAUUUGUUUAUAUAAUUUAUGUUUGACUUUGUGUGUUCACGAUUGAUAAUAAUGGUUUAAUUUGAAUCCCAAAAAUGUGUGAAUAAUCAAAAUUAUUGACUAGAAGUACAAUUAAAGUUGUAUAAGAAGAAAUUUUAAUCGAUGCGUUUAAAUGUGUUUAUGUAAUUUAUGUUUGACUGUGUUUUCCGAUUGAUAAUAAUUGUUUAACCCGAAUCGGGAAAAAUGUGUGAAUAGUCAAAAUUAUUGACUAGAAGUACAAUUAAAGUUAGAAGAAAUUUUAAUCGAUGCUCUUAAAUUUGUUUCUGUGAUUUCUGUUUGAACUUGUAUUUUCCGAUUGAUAAUAAUUGUUUAAUCCGAAUCAAAAAAAAAAGUGUGAAUAGUCAAAAUUAUUGACUAGAAGUACAAUUAAAUUAAUAUGAAUAUAGUCAAAACUAUUGAUUAGAUUUGGCCAACGUAUAUUUGAACUUCUCUUCCCUAUAUAAAUACAUCAAAGGCUCUUCAGAGAGAGACAAGAAAACAAAAGCUGUUUCUUGCAUCCUAAGAAAACGAUCAUCUUCUUCUUAAACCGAAACCUAUUCUUUCUUUGAUCGAUACUGAUGGUGUACAAAAGAAAAGUAAAGGAGUACAAAAGAAGCGGUUCGUCUUCUUCUUCUUCUAGAGAGGAAAGCGUUACCAACUAUGAGGUAAAGAAGCGUUAUUGGUACACAUUGAUAUAAAGAAAAUGAGUUUAUUGAUUAGCCUUGUUAUUGUUUGUAGGAGAAGGAGCCCUGUGACAGGUGCGGAAGUAAUGCAAAUGAAGAUUGGAUGCUGACUUGCUUCAACUGCAAAGUCGCAGGAAUGCAUAUAUACGUAUUAGGAUUCAUGAUUCCUCCUCCUCCUCUAACUUGAAUCAUUAACAAAAGUCUUGAUUUUAUUUGUUGUAAUGUUUCAGUUAUUGCGGAAAGGAGCAUUUUAAAACUGUACCUGACAAGUGGAUAUGUGAAGCGUGCCGUACCUCAAUUCGUGUACUCUUCAUUAAGCGUGGCUUUGCUAAAGGUCCUAAUGACACUGGUAACUCAAUUCGUCUUAAUCGUGCGUAUAACACUGGAAGAACACUGGAAGCGAGCACUCUGGUAAUGAAGACUCAGCGAUUAAACCAAAAAGAAAAAGACUCAGAGAGUAAUCAACAGCCAGACUCAAACACGCCCUCUGAUUCAGAAUCUGCAAAGUAAAUGCUUUUGUCAGAGAGAGAUGUGUAGUUGAGCUGAGUGGUUGUUGUCAGAGACUUCUGGAUUUUAUGGUUUCUUUUUUUUUUUUGAAUAAAAGUUGUUUCUUGGGUCGCAAGUAAUCUAACUAGAGAAGUGAGACACUCUUAAAAAUAUAUUUUACUUGCUACUUUGUUACAAAAAAAUAUCUGAAUUUUAUGGUUUCUUUUAAAAAAUAAAUAAAUAAAAGUUUGUUUCUUGGCUCUCAAGCAAUCUUACUAGAGAAGUGAGAUACUCUUAAAAAUGUCUUUUACUUGCUACAUUUUUUUUUUACUUGCUACUUUGUUACACAAAAAAAAAUUAUGCGUAAAGGCAACUUAUAAGAUGCAACUUAAUGAGUCAAUGUGUGAUGACAAUAUCUACCAGACGCUUAACACUGGUUCUGAAAAUGUGACCAUUUAAAUAAUUUAUUUUAACUUUAUAUAAUCCU